CUGUCAGUCAGUCCUACCGACAGACGGCGCCAACAUGUCUCCCACAGACGAGUAUACCAUUGCUGGACCGACAGUGCGUUCGCAGGCUUGAAGUACCCUUGAAGUAUCUACUGACAUUGGGAAUAACAAAAUGGGAAAGACGAAGAGGAAGAAGAUGAUGAAUGCCCAAGUCUUUGAAUGCAUUAAGUGUUCCAAAACAGGCAGCAGGCAGGUGAUGAUGGAACACUUUGUUCGAGCCCACGUGACGCUAGAUAGAGUCCCGUGGUCGUGCAGCAAGUGCGGCUUCCGUGCCCCCUCAAAACAAGCUCUGCAUCGCCAUGAAGGACAUUUCAUUCAUAAAUCUGCUGAGAAAACACAUCCCGGUGUCCCGACAACAUACAUCAAGUCACACAACCCUUACGUUGUCCGUGUUGGCCAGGACAUCGUGCCAGUGAACGAAUCUACCGUCAAGGGUAUGAACGAUGACGGAAAGGAGGCUUGUAAACGUAUGUUCGUGGAGGGCGGAACUGUGACCAACAAACGCCGAUGGAGUGACAUGGACGAUUCCGACAGAGAGGCAAGGUUUCAGGAUUAUGACACUAGAGACAGUCCAGCCAUGCCUGACUAUGACGCUUGUGAUGAGCGACGUAUUCAGACCUACAGCCACAAGAAGAGACUUCGCAGACAAGACCAACCAGAUAGGAGCAGAUCCAGCGACCCCGACCAAUUCCUGAUUCCGCAGGCUGACGUCCACAUUCCACAUACCGAUACCACACACCAAGAACUUAUCAUCCCAGAUGGGUAUGUAAAACCGGUUCUCAUGACUGACCAGGAACGCUCGAUUGUGCAUACUGUAUGUCCGAGCGUAAAGCGUGGAAUUGAUGGUGAACCAAACAUUGGGCAUUGUACAUGGAGGACGGCGGGUAAUCAAUCACAGUUUCCAAUCAGUAAUGCAAGAGUAAGGAAUUUAUCCGGGCAAAACGAACAAAUACAGACUGACAACAACAGGAGGGAUAUGGUCGACAGAAAUCUAAAUGUGGAAAGUUGGGAAUUACAGGAAACAGAGCCUGAUAGAGUUGCAGCAAGUUCCAGCACAACGGAAAAAAGUAGUUUGGAGUCGUCCACAUUUUCAGAAUGCAGGGUUCGUGGCCGUGUUUGCAAGGCUCCUCACAGCGUUGGUACAUCAGCCCCUGGUGAGCUUCCACCAGCAGGUCGGCAGAACGGAACAAGAACUCCUUGUAGGAUUAUGGACCAAUCGGCCGAGGUUGGAAGCAGCUGUUUGGGGGGAAGAGGCAAGUCCGUGCCCACCACCUCCUGUGACAUGACGAAGAAAUCCGGGGAAUUCACCUCUUCAGCAGAUUUCAAUACAUAUGUUCGUGAAGAAAGUGAUGAAGAUCAGGAUGAAGAGGAUCUUAAAUCCCAAGAUGACGACCUUUCAGACUCACGAAUACUUGAGGAGAAGGUCAAUGACCUGGUUGCGGCUUUGGAACCUCUCAAGAAUAUUUCUAAAGCACUCAUAGCUCUUGACCACCACAUGAGACGGCUGCUGCCCCUUGUUGAGAAUUUAACCAAAGACAAUUUCGAAAAGCAAGAAUAGAACUAGAAUUCAAAGCCCCUUAUGACCUAAUCAUUCUUUUUUUGUCUUAUGAAUGUGGAAAUAACACGUUAAAGUACCAAAUAAAGGUGACGAAUGAUUAAACCUUAACAUAUUUACAAAA